AUGGAAAAAACUGCAAAAAUUUCCACAGUAAUUACUACAACAAAUACUGAUCCCAAUUUGGCACAACAAUUUAUCUUGGCAGCUAAUCUACAACCUUCCAAUCACCUAAUGCUAUUUAGAUCUGAAAACACUUCUACAACCAAAUUCAACCUACUCAUAGCUGACAAUUUAGCCCAACUAUCUGACUCUACUACCAACUCCUAUCAAGAUCUACUUAUAGAUACUUAUUUAAAUGCUACAAUUGAAUCCUUACCAAAAAAAUUCUAUACCACAGCACUUAUAGGCAACCAAAAAUCCAAACCUAGUCAAAAAGUUUUAGACCAUCAAGACCUAUACUAG